AAUGUUUUAAUGAGCAAAUAGACACUGAUAUUUUUCCGUCAAUUAAUUUAUAUGUAUUUUAUUUAUUUUCGAAAUGGAUUGUCGUGUAUCUAUUAUAAGUGCAAUUUUAAUAACUGCAUUUGUAUAUACAUUGCUCCAUACGCAUUUUUCAUCUAUUACAAGAUUAGCAAGACUUCAAGAUGACGUAGAAGAAUUAACGAAAGUUAUUUUAGGCCGUAAGCCUGAUGAAACUCUAAUACCACAAAUUGAUAACUUUAUUAAGAAACGUACUCAAGGAUUAUGGGAUGAAUUGACUUCAGUUAAAAAAAGACUCGAUGUUAUCGAUUGGAAUGUUGAUGGAACUUGUGGUUUUUGUAAAAAAGCAUCAUCACCUACAGAUUUGCAACUAGUCAUUGAAGAAGAACCAAACUACGCUUUAGAAUCAAUUGGUGCUUCAAUAGUUCACACAGAAGAUGUUCCGUUGAAUUCAGCUGGUAUCUUAUAUAGAGUCUUUAAUGUAAAGCAUAAAUCUAACCCUCCAGAUAAUGUUUUGAAUCCGUCAAUGCAACUUGGAAAUUGUUAUGGUUUCAAAGGGAACAAGUCUUCAUUUACGAUUAAGCUAUCACAUAAGAUUUUUAUACGGGCUAUUACCGUGGAACAUAUACAACAGUCUGCUUCUUUAACGGGUGACAUUUCGAAUGCUCCCAAGGAUUUUAACAUUUAUGGAGUUGAAGAUGUAAAAAAGAAGAAGGAGAUUCUUUUAGGUUCAUUCCAAUAUAACAACACCAAAACCAAACGAGCGCAAAUGUUUCAUUUGAACAACGAUCAAAGUUUUAAGUAUUGCAAAGUUCAAGUUUCAUCAAAUUAUGGUAAUCCUGACUAUACCUGCAUUUAUAGGAUUGCAGUCCAUGGAAAGUUAUAACAAAAUCCAGGAAUCGAUUUUUUAAAUAAGUUAUUUUUUUUAAAACUGUGUGCUAUAUUUAAAUACUAUUUUUAAUAAUAAUCUUACAUAAUUUUAAAAAAGUGCA